AUGGAUGAAGCCGAUGUGUUACUUGGCGAGCUCAGGAUUGACUGGGAAACACUUGUUACCGAGGAUUUCAAUCCAUUGAAGCAGGCCUUGCGCAACAAAAACAGCAUAGUUGAGGCAUCCAACUUCAGAAACCUGUUCCACAAGGUGGAGAAGGUAAUGGAGGGCAUAAUAGAGAAGAACUACAAGGGGUUCAGCGACUCCGUGCUUUCGUACAUGGAGUCGUAUAAGUUGAACAAACGAUGCUCGGAAAGUAUCUUUGAGAUCUCCAGGGCCGUCCAAGGGCUUCUGAGAAUGAAGAUAGAUGUGAAGGGCAUGGCCAAGGAGUAUGAAAGCAUGGCGAUGUAUGAGAGCAACUACAGCAUAUGCGAUGUGCUUGUUGAGAUGCGGAGAUGCUUUGAAGAGUUUAGCAUGAUUAAGGCUGAAAUUGAGUGUGAUAUGAAGAAAUGCAAUGGUGUGUAUGCCACAAGCCAAAGGUUUCUUGCUGCAGCCAAAAAAGCAAGCAGAUUGUAUGACCUAAUUGAGGAAAAUGGAUUAAUGGAGAUGGAAUGUGUAUCUAAGUUCAAGGCAGAGGCAAGCAUUGAAGUACAGGAGUUCAUGGCCAUGGUGUAUAAGAGGCUCGAUAGGUUUGUAUUCUACAAUGAAUAUGAUUAUCAAGAGGAUUUUAUAUGUGUGGUUAUGCUUGGAAUGCUUUGCAGUUUGGACAGAUACCAAACGGAGAACUUUGAGAAGGAGUACUUUGGAAUGGUUGAGUCGGUUAUCAGGAGUGUUGAUAGGGAAGCGGGGAAUUGCAAGGCAGAGAAGCUUUCUAGAGCAAUAUGUAGUAGAACGGCAAAUGUGGUGCACAACCUCCGGAUUCUUUGGGAAAUGGCAGAUGCAUCGUUUGAAGGUUUGAAUAGAAAGGCAUUGAAUAUCCGUGGUAAGGCCAGUAUGCACAACAGAGUCGAUAUGGAUGUGAAUGCAUCAAGCAAUCGAAGUGAUUGGGAUGCAGUUCUUUGCAUGUAUGGGCCAGACUGGCAAGAAUUUGUGGAAGGAGCGAUUGUUAAAAUUUUGAAGAAGUUUGUUUCUGAAUGUGUUGAAGGGAUUGAGAAGUAUCUUGAUACUGAAGUGUUUGAGGCUGAACACUUUGCAGACGAUAUAGACUAUGCUGCGGUGUUUGAAAAGAAGUAUGUGAUUCAUGAAAGGAUGAUUAGGGAAGGGGAGAUUGAAGGAACGUCGCCAGAGAGAUUUACUAAGAUGUUUGUAUCUGGGAUAGAUAUUGUGGUUUAUCUUGAGAAUUAUGUGACAAUUGAGCAAAUGAAGAGGUAUCUGCGGGAAUUACUUAACGAGAAGUAUGUAAAGGAGAAGCAGAAACAGAUGAGAAAGAAGAUUGCGUAUUUGUUUGAAGAGGAUGACUGGUAUGAAAAUGACUAUUCGAACUGCAGAUUGUUGUUCUAUUCAAACUACAAGAAAUUCAUUGAUGAAUUUAGUGUUCAUGCGGAUCUGUGCAGUACAGAAGAUGUGUUUGACUUUUUGGAUAGUCUUUUUGCAAGGAAGUUUAAUGAGCUUUACAGGAGACUGUUCAGGUCUGAUAUCAUCAACACGUGCUUUUUGGAGGAGGAAGGGAGCAACGAGGAUCGGGACGAGAGAUUCAAGAGACUUCUUCUUGUCCGUGCAAUGGACAUAAACGCAGUGUCUUUUCAGAAGAAGUACUAUGAGAACAUGCUAUUUGCAGCAGAGACAAUUAAAGAAGCGGCCUCUUCCAUCAAUGGAAAUAAAUCGAAGAGUGUUCUGAGUAAGAUGAAUGUGGCAAUCCGGUUCCAGAUGGUUCUUGAGAUGCUUUAUUUCUUUGAUUUGUUUUACAGGGAGGGAAAUUACAGAAGCAAGGAUGAUUAUUAUUUCCAGAAGAUAGUCAGGAUUGCAGAUGAUAUAAACAAGUCUAUUGUUAAGAUGGACAUGAAAGGUAUUUUUGAGUUUGUGUUUGACUGCUUGAACUUCUACAUCAAGCACAAUGUCUUGCGACUAAAUGUAAAGAGCAUGGAUGACCUGAAAGCAUUUGCAGCUAAAAUCACGCUGCUAGAUGAGAUAUUAUGCUUGGUUAAGGGAGAGGGUAGUAUGAUGGAAGCUGUACAGUUUAUUGAUGGAGUGGUUUUGGGAGAUGAGAGAAGUGACAGCGGAGUGAAAUUGAAAGCGAAGCUGAGUGGUGAGCACUUGAAUGAAACAUAA